AUGUCGUAUCCUACUAUUACUCUUGAAGAGCAUUUCCUUUCUAGUAAUGCAAUCGCAGCUUUACCAUCUUCUCAAAGCAAAUUUUACACCAAAGUAAAGCCCGCGUGGGCUGAACAGCUCUCCGACAUUAGCCCAAAUGGUUCCCGCAUCAAAGCCAUGAAUAGCGGACACAUUGGCAUCCAAGUGCUUUCUAAUUCUUUUGGCAUCACUUCAUUGGCGCCGGAAGUUGUUGCAGCAGCUAAUGAUGAAUUAGCAAAGGCGUGUGAAGCCGAACCACGCUUUAGAGGCUUUGCGGCUUUGCCUAUGAAACAUGGUAAAGCUGCUGCAGCCGAACUUGAACGAUGUGUCGAACAGCUGGGGAUGGUUGGUGCGCUCAUUGACAGUCAUCUUGAUGAUGGCCGAUAUUACGACGAUGAGGUUGCUUUGGAUGCUUUUGCUAAAGCCCAAGAACUAGACGUCCCAAUUUAUAUACAUCCCACCACACCAGUUGAAGAUGUCCAGGUGGCACUUUAUGAUGGAAACUACGACAAAGAGGUUGGAGCUGCGCUUGGAAUAGCCGGCUGGGGAUGGCAUUGCGAUACAGCAUUAUCUGUGUUGCGAAUGUACGCUGCGGGCAUCUUCUGGAAGUUCCCAAAUCUGAAAGUGGUAGUAGGGCAUAUGGGUGAAAUGUUGCCAUAUAUGCUGGACCGCAUUGAUGAGAAAGUGGGACAAAUUUGGCUGGAAGCCGAACUGAGUUUCAAGGAGGUCUGGGAGAGAAACAUCUGGGUGACCACCAGCGGAAUGUUUACAAUGCCACCGAUGGCAUGUCUGCUGCGAAGCACAAGUAUCGACAGGAUCUUGUAUAGUGUGGACUACCCAUACUCAACUACAGAACAAGGUAAGGCUUUCAUGGAAGAGCUUCGAGAAAGCGGUCUGGUCACAGAGGAGGGGUAUUCCAAGAUUGCGUUUAAAAACGCCGAGAGACUCCUUAACUUCAAGAUGUAA